GCAGUGUCGGAAGCAAGGCAAGCAAGACGACGACAAACCUCGCAGACCACAACAGGCAGCUCCCACUCACAAGCACCUCAACCUGCCUUCCCUGCAUCACGCCCACAACGCCAACAUGUUGAUUAUUGAUGGCGAGGUGAUCCCGGAUGACGAUCCUCGGGCAGUUGCCUUCCGCUCGGGCCAGGAGAGGCGGCGCCCGCGGCGCCAGCCAGCACAACAGCAGCCAGGCGAAGCAGGCGCAGGCAGCAGACGAGGGCAGCAAGCGGAGCGUGUGGUUCCGCGGCGAGGACAACCACCCGGCCCAUUUGGGAACACGAGCGCAAACAAUAGACCAGCACCACCGCGACCUCGGAAUGCAAACAACGCUGCGCUUCCGCAGUGGCUGCAUCCAGACACGCCGCUUGGCAAGAUCAACCAGCAGCUCACAGAAUACUUUGACCCGGUGCAAAUCGGAUCGGUUGUGCUGCAGCCGAUUAUGAUUGUCAUUCUUGUGUCCUCGUACCUGAUCAUUGGACCAGGUGGCCUCAUCAUUGCCGCGCUGCUGCUGUACGCAACCCGCGCUUGAGAUGCGCGAGCGCGCUGUUUCGCUCUUGCAGUAUGUCUACUGUGCUGUUGUUAUGUUACCCUUCACUGAAACCGUUCGCUUCACUUGAGCCCUCUCUGUUCCCUUUCAUCUACUUGCCAUCCUCUCGCAGGGCUGCAUCACGUGGCCCGUGUGUAUAAAGGACAUCACACACGCACCAUGGUCAACAAAUGCAAAGAGCAAAUGGAUGAACACUGAC